AUGCCGGCAUUUUCAUCACCAUUGUCAUCCCUGAUAGUCCUUCUUUCGUACACAUACGCUGUUCAAACGCAUCUAACAGUGGAGAUCGACAAUGGAGUUAUAGGAGAACCAGAAGUACAAUGUGGAUCGGACUCAAUUUCAUUGCUCUUCAACUCUCGAAAUCCUUUCACCGGUAAAGUCUUUGUCAAGGGAUUCGUGUCGGACAGCGAUUGCGUGAUGAUGGGCGACAAUAAGAACACGCAUAGAUUUACGGUAAAACACAAUUCAUGCGGAGUUCGACGACAGAGAGAGGUAAACGGUGUCGUUAUCAUCUCCACAGUGAUUGUAUCCUUUCACUCGAUAUUUAUCACCAAAGUCGACAGAGCCUACCGUUUGAGCUGUUUCUACGUUGAGGGCACGAAGAAAGUUCAACAACAACUAGAUGUCGCAUCUCUUACGACGCAAACGGUAGAAGGCCAGACACAGCUACCGGUUUGCAGAUACGAAAUACUCUCCGACGGUCCAAACGGAGUCCCCAUCAAGUACGGUAAGAUUGGAGAGACAGUCUAUCAUAAAUGGACAUGCGUAUCGGAAUUGACGGACGUGUACUGUAUGAGAGUUCACUCGUGUACAGUGUACGAUGGGCAGGGUGGACCACCGGUCACUGUUCUGGAUGUAAAUGGCUGUUCUGUCGAUGGUGUUAUCCUUCAAAAUCUGGACUACUCUUCAGAUCUGACAGCUGGAAAGCCGGCACAAGUCUUCAAAUUUGCCGAUAAAACUGGCUUGUACUUCAACUGCCAAAUUCAAUUAACGAUCAAGGAUAAGGAUUACGGAUGCUCCACUGCACAACCACAAUGCGGACAAACAUACGUGCAAUCAUCUGUACAAACAACUGAGGUUUCUUCGGAAUACACAGGAAGCCAUGAGUCAGGCUAUCCUACUCGUGCUUCCGACGAUCAGUACAGUGGCGGCCCAUCAGGUUACGCUUCCACCAGCGCUCCUGGUUAUGAAUCCGAACCAGUGCGUUAUCCACAGCCACCUUCACUGAAUGUGCGGUUAGGCAGCAGGCAAACAUAUUCAAAUGUGGGCUCUGCUAGUGUACAACCAUCCAUCAUUGGUGCUCCAGGAAUAAGACCCACCUACAACGACUUGCAUCCGAACAACACUGAGAGCGGUGCCUACACGAUUUCAUCUUACAAUGAUCAGAACGCUUACACUCGAUUGAUUAAGCGAAAUAUCAAAGGAGCACCUCUUCACAAUCGCACACAACCAAUCACCGUAGCUGAUUUCGAUUUACCCGAACGUGGACUGAUCGUAUUUGGUCUGGAAGACGGCAAUAAUGAAGAGCAAGACAGCGAGAGUGCCGCUCGGCUUAUCGUUCAGGAUCGAACCACCAAAACUUGCUUCGCAUCAAACAAAGUGCUGGUAUUCGCCGUGAUGUGCCUAAUGCUAUUCGUCGCAAUGAUCUUCUCGCUCUCACUUAUCGUCUACAAACAGCGCCGCCUUAUGACACAGCCAUACCUGAAACAUUAG